CUAAAAAUGCGACUUCCUAACGGGCGUUCGGCGAAAGAUGAGGUGGUCGGUAAAGCAUCUCGCCUUGGUGUUGUACUCUUUGAUUGAUGUGUGCUGUGGAUUACAACCAUCCAGUUCGUCGCAACAGCAGCGGCAGCUGUAGUAGUGUAUUUAUCAUCGCCGCGGCCGAGGGGAGUGAAGUGAACCGGAGGAAGGAGAGAGAAAGGAUAUAGGGAUCCCGACCAAGCAUGGCUACCCAAACGACAGCAUCAUGUACUGGAUCCACUCUGUUGCAGCCAAUCAGCGAAAUUAUCAAUCUCCCUCUCGACCAGGUUAACUUUGUGGCAUGUCAGCUGUUUGCCCUGCUGAUGGCUGUGUGGUUUCGUCUCUACCUCCACCCCAGUAAGACCAGUCCCUUCAUCAGACAUGUGGUGGCCACUCUGCUGGGCUUCUACUUGGCUCUCUUCUGCUUUGGCUGGUAUUCCCUCCAUUUCCUGGUGCAGAGCGGUCUGUCCUACAGUGUGAUGGUCUUCGCUGGCCUCGAGCACAUGCACAAGUACUGCUUCAUCGUGACGCUUGGCUAUCUGAUCUUGUGUCAGAUCACACGAGUCUACGUGUUUGACUAUGGCAUGUACUCUGCAGACUUUACAGGGCCAAUGAUGGUUAUAACACAGAAGAUUACCAGUUUGGCAUUUGAAAUACAUGAUGGUUUGACAAAGCGGGAGGGGCAGCUGACUCCCGGUCAGAAAUACCUAGCUAUCAGUCGGAUGCCCAGCUUGCUGGAGUACCUGAGCUACAACUGUAACUUCAUGGGCAUCCUGGCAGGGCCCACCUGCUCCUACAACGACUACAUGGCCUUCAUUGAAGGCACGUGCUACCAGCCACGCCACCAAGAGAAUGCCAACGGCAAGGAGAAUGGGAAAUACAAGCAAAGUGAACCCUCACCCAAGAAUGACGUCAUCUCUAAGCUGUGCACCUGUGCCAUCUCGCUGGCCAUCUAUCUGUCUCUGUGCAAGCUGCUCCCGGUGGAGCACUCCAUAGACGACGACUUCGUCAGCUCCACACCGUUCCAUCUUCAGAUUAUCUACCUGUACCUGGCCAUGCUGGCGCUGAGGCCAAAGUACUACUUUGUUUGGACACUUGCUGAUGCUAUCAACAAUGCCGCCGGAUUUGGCUUCAAUGGAUAUAACAAAGAUGGCUCCCCACGGUGGGACCUGAUAUCAAAUCUCAGAAUUCUGGACAUUGAGUUUGCCACCAGUUUCAAGAUGUUCCUAGACAACUGGAAUAUCCAGACAGCUCUUUGGCUUAAAAGGGUGUGCUAUGAGCGCUGUCACAUCAACCCCACUGCUGCCACAUUCCUGCUGUCAGCCAUGUGGCAUGGGGUGUACCCCGGCUACUACCUGACCUUCCUCACUGGCAUUGUCAUGACCAUGGCUGCACGUGCAGUAAGGCACAACAUCAGACCGUACUUCCUGGUCUCUGACUCGUACAAGUGCAUCUAUGAUGUCAUCACGUGGGCGUGUACUCAGGUUGCCAUUAGCUACACAGUGGUGCCAUUUGUCCUACUUGCUGUGGGACCCUCGCUCAAAUUCUACAGGUCUUGGUGCUUCUGCUUACACCUACUGUGUCUGCUGGUGGUAGUGGCCCUCCCUGUCAAAUCGAGACGCGGGCAGGUUAAAGAGCAGCAGGACGGCCUACAGAAGGACAGCCUACAGGACAACCAGACAGAGCACAACAGCACAGACAACAACUGCAACCAGAAAGAUAAAGCCACAUGAGGCUCGGGGCGGUGACGCGCAGUCCCUUCAGCAGCAGAAACACUGAGACGAACUACAAAACCACUGAGAGCUAGAGUGUGGCGAGUCUGUUUACUUGACAAAAGAACCAAAUAUCGGACGCUCUGAGAAUCCUAACAGACAGAAAACACAACGUCAAUGUCCUGUCAAAACUUCCAGUAGCAAGGAUGACAGCAAUCACACUUCUGACAUGGAAAAGAGACCAGGAUGUAACAAUGGCCACGGUGUAAACUAAUGAGUGAUAGUGGUUACUUUACAUUACAUGAGUGGAAAUGAAGACUUCCAAGCUGCCUUAAACCCUCUAUGUACUCAGAUAUGAUGGCACGCUACAAGAACCUAAAUGCAGUUACACCAUUGUGGUGUCGGGUUGUACAAAGAGAAUAGAAGUGCAGUAUGUGGAGGGUUUUUGUCAUUGUCUGGAUACAAGCCUCUGUUAGGUGGAAACGAAAAAUGUGUUCAUGUAAAAGAAACAUAACCUUUAUCAUCAGCUGCCAAUUUCAAACAGGCCUUAGGAUCCUCAAAACAUUGUUUGAUUUCUAUGUCUUUUUUAAAAUCUUUAUUCUAAGAAUUCUCAUUGUACGCGUUUUGUAUUUAGAUGUUUGUGACAACACUAUUUGAAAGUCAUUCUUAAUGAUUUUUUUUUUUUUCUUUUGGAAUGAAUUGAGUGAAGAAUUCAGAUUUCGUCCAUCUCCAGCAGUGGACGAAAAAAAGGCACUCCAGUCGCUAAAUGGAUUUCUAUUUCUUUUUAUAUUUUUCAUAUCUGCUGCUCUUUUGACAAACAUGACUCAUCAGAUAAAUGUGCGUUUCAAAGGGAGUUUAUUUACCCUGUCAUGGUUUCGAAUUUUUUUUGGUUUGUUUUUAAGGAUUUCGGACUUGGGGUUCAGUGGUGUGAUCUUUUUUUUUUUUUUUUAAAUGUGUUCAUAUGUUUCACACAACAGGUUUCCUCUGGGUUCAAAUGUCUUGCCUCUGUAAUACUGUAAGUCUCCAAAUCUAUUUCAUCAAUGCAAGUCCUAAAGAAUUACACUGUAUGAUUGGUGAAACACAGUGGGUUAACAUCACUGCUGAACACUUGUACAGUUUAAUUAAUUGUCUGAGGAGGCAACAGAAAUCUAAUCAGAUCACCACAUUCACUGGGGACUUAUUUAAUUGUCAUAAGGUUUUGUAGCCAUAAUUAUCACAAACCAAGUGAAUGUAAAAGAAAAGUUUCCAAAUUCAUGCACAGUUCAUGAUAGCACAUAUUGUAUUCAGGCUAUAAAUCUUGUGCAAUUUGCAUUUGUCUGUGAGGAAAUCUGAUAGGGUUAUUUAUGUAUGUGACAUAAUAAUAUUGUACAAAAUUCAAAGACAUAGACCAGCUGUUGUGGUAAAUUGUCUUAUUUCAUAUUGUGUGCUCUUAUGUUAGUUUAGGGGAUGUUUCAGGGUGCAUUUACUGUAUGGUUUAGAGACACUGGUUCCUCAUGUUCUUUCGGUCCAUGGCUCACCUUAAGCCUUUCAAAUCAUCCAGGUUACUCUUUCCAACAUGCAGCAGUUCAAACGGCCGCUCCUGUGAUACUUUACUGUAUCAUAAGACACCUUUAGGGGUUUAGUGAAGAAAGUGUGGUGCAGCGAAGGCAACCUAAAAAGCACCUAACUGUUGUUUAAACAGUCAAAUGACACAUUUUUAUGUAUCUGUUAGAGCAGGAAAUAGUCUGGGAAUUUCAAGCCCACAAUAUCAUAAACACUUUGAAGUUGUGCUUAUUAUUGUUUUCUAAAAAAAAAAAAGUCAAUAAAUUAAGUUGGUUUGGUGCAUUUGUGUUAUAUAAAAUAAUAACAAAGCAGCAGAGGUGAGCUUUGAAGUAUGGACCUCUUUCAUUUCUUUUUAAGACUUUCUAACAUUGCAUAUUCCUGCCAUAACUGUGUGUGUGUGUACCAGUAUUCAUGUGAUCCGUACAUGUCGAUGUGGUCUCAAGUAAACUAUAUUUGUAGCCUGGGCCCUGUGAAGGAGUGUGUGGCCCACCUAAGGGAAAGGGAUGUCAUACUACAAACAUAGCGAUUAUUGCACUGCAUGGCCACCCAAACCAGCAGAUCAAUGCAAACUGCUCCAUACGUCCAAAGUGCCAAAUCAUGAAUGGCGCAUUUUGUUUUUUGUGUGUGUGCGUGUGUGUGCGUGUGUGUGCGUGUGUGCGUGCGUGUGUGUGUGUGUGAGAGUGUGUGAGUGUGUGAGGUAGUAUGUGUGUGUGUGCGCCUGUGUAACAUAAUGGUUAUUUUUGUGUCAGAGGGAAAUUUAUUGAAAGAUUUGUAUAACAGUACAUUAAAAUUCUGAUUUAUGUGGCAAAAUAAAGAGAAAUUAUUUUUAAACACUAAAAUGACAUUUGAAAUUAU